AGUGACUAGUACCGUUGCGUCAAGUUCGUACAGUAGCAAAUCGAGCACAAAGUAAAUAAGAAUUGAAAUCCUUAUAUUCAAUCGUGGAACAAAUUUCAAUAUUGUAUUUUAUUAAAAGGGUUUUUACAACAUGGCAUCAAUUUCAUAGGCAAAAGCAUUCGGCAUAAUAUUCGUUUAUUGUUUAAAAUGACAAGUGACGACAAACGUUGUUUUACGUAUCAGAAAAAAUUGUAAUCAAGAUUUGUUACUCAAUAAUUCAAAAGAAUAAUAAUUAAAAAUUAGUUACUACAAUCAUACUUGCAAAAAUAUUAUGUUUUCUUAUGACUUGUAAGAAUCUGUUCAAAUAGUAGAGUGAAACGAAACGUAGAAGUGAAUGUACCCAUCAGCAAAUGAAUGACAAAUUAAAAAGUUUUAUUUUUCUUAUAUUGGUACGAGAUUUUAUUGAUUGUUUUCUUUCAAGAUUUUCGGCCAGACGGCGACUGAAAUUGCAAGUUACUGUGAUAUAUUUAUUUUCAAUAAUUAACUAUUCUUGUCAAACCAAUUAAAUGAGCAGGGAUAUCGAGUUAUGUCUAUAAGUAAUGGAAGGUACAGAACUGGGUGGCGACCAGCAAUUCUGUUUGAGAUGGAACAAUUUUCAAGCAAAUAUAACUUCUCAAUUCGAGGCACUGCGCGAUGAUGAGGACUUCGUGGAUGUCACCCUGGCAUGUGAAGGACACAGGCUGGAGGCCCACAAAGUGGUUCUCUCUGCGUGUAGUCCUUAUUUCAAGGAAUUAUUUAAAAACAAUCCAUGUGCUCACCCUAUAAUAUUCAUGCGGGACUGCGAGGUGUCGCACGUUCGCGCGUUGCUGCAAUUCAUGUACGCGGGCCAGGUAAACAUCGCGCAGGCGCAACUCAGCGCCUUCCUGCGCACCGCAGACGCGCUGCAGAUCCGCGGCCUCACAGAUUGCUCACAACACAACGAUAAAAAAGUCAAUCGAAAGUCUCCCCCUUCCCAAUUACGUAAUUUGCUCAGCGCCAAGCCGUCACAUUCUACCUCCUCCUCCAAAGCCGUAAACCAAAACGUCGAAUCGAACGCUGCCGAAGAUCACGAGAAGAGCGCUAGUCGUCGUUCUGCGAGAAAUUCUCCCGAUGUUGCCAGAAAUAAUCUCAGCGAAGAAGCUCCCUUCCAAAUUUCUAGUCAAAUGAGGCCUAAUAAUAAUGAAUAUAGCGAACCCUGCACCUACCCUACGUUAAGGGUGAAAACUGAUCUCGAAGCACCAGAGCUGAACAAUGAUGAGAAUGAUAUUUUAAUGGAUUCCGGCGAUCCGGAGAAAAUGGAAAAAUGCGGACAAGAUUUUACCGCAUCGGACCUUUUGGAACCAAAAAUGGAAAUGAUGGAACAGGAAGCCAGCGACGAGGAACGGUCUGGUUACCAACAGAUGUAUUACAAUGAGAACAAUGCGCUUGCCAACCCGUUUGCAACACUGCCAGGUAACGUGGAUCUCAUGGGCGGAUUGAGCACGGAUCUCCGGGACGAGAAAGCAGAAGCGGGUUGCGGGCGCUGGGAUCGGCGCGCGCGGCCGGUGCCGGACGCCGUAUGGCUGGAGCAGCAUCGCCGAGCCCUGCCUUUCCUGCUCAAGAGAGAGAACGAGCGCGGCGCAGUCGCACCGAGGCUUAUAAAGCUCGGCGAGGGUGUGGAGAUUCGCGAGGAGCUGCUACGUGGCGUGAAAUGGGGGGACUAUAGGAAAGUGACGCGAGGGCUGGCUGCGGCGCUGUUCUCGCCCAUGGAACUGGCGACGUGUUCGGUGACGGGACAGCGCUGGUCGCGCGCGGGCCAGGAGGCGCGCCCCACAAAGCCACCGCUCGACCGUCGCCGCGUGCACGCCCUCAUAUCCUAUGUCAGCCGGCAUUUCCCCGACGUCGAAGUCAGCCGCAUCAAGCAGGUCCUCGCCUACAAGUGCAAGGAGAACUGCGCCGCACUCCGCAUGAGGACCGCCAGGCUGUCCAACUGUUUCAGUGAGUCGACCAACUACAUGCUGAGUGCGGCCGCGCGCCCGCCAUGCGCCGGCGACGACGUGCCUGCGCCAUCCACCGCGCCCCCGCUCCCACCACCGCCCGUCCCACCCGCCAGCGCGAGACCGUCGUAUUCUAACUUUACGAGCGAGGCAUCGAAAAGCGGCACGGCCGCGGGCAGCGGAGGCGGAGGUGGAGGCGAGUACGGGGGCGGGGCGGAUGAGGGCGAGGCGCCGCAGUGAUGCUGCACCCUGUUGCAUAUCAAUUUCAUAAUCUUGUUAUUUUUUACCAAAAAUGAGAAAUUGUAUCGCCGUCGGUGGGCGAUGGUCCGCGCGGGGCCGGGCCGCGGCGCAGCCGGCCCUCACCACAGAUUUAUAUUUACUCGCUCGCCGCCCGGCCUGCGGGGACGACGCGCCGCCUGGCACGCCCCUGUCAAAUAUUCAUAUUUAUUUAGGUGAUAUUUUUCUAUUGGCUACUGAUAAGAUUUUAUCUCGUUAUGGUGUCCGGAGGCGCCGGCGCAUUGUCGUUAGUGUGGAGGUGGGAGGAGGAGGAAGGGGGGGGGCGUGCUCGAAGCUCUAGCAAUAAUUUAUCAGGUUCCUAAGACAUAUUUUGUAGUUAGGUUCUAUUGCACGAAUUUUCGCGAACACUGCCGCUUGUUUCUAAAUUUAUUUCGUCGAUAAUUAGUCAUUGAUUGCUUCCUUUUUAUUGUCGGUUUACAAGAGAUACAUAUGUUUUUUUAUUAUAUAUUUUCAUUGUUACGUUAAAAUUUUGUAUAUGAGGCAUUUAUGUGCUGUACGAGGGACCGUUGCAAUUGCAAAGUAAUAUAUCGAAAAAAAUAAUGGCAUAAUUUUUUUUAGAACUAACGUAGAGAUAUUGUAGUCAUUUCGUUUUACGUAGGUGUAAAGUUAAAAUAAAAAGAAUUUAUUUUGGAGUGCGUCAGGUUGGGAUAAUGCAAAGUCUAUGGAGAGCUGUGAUCGUGAUGGUUUAUAAAAGGAGUCAUAUUUUUAAAUAAAUUUAAGAUUUAUUAAGUGAUGGCUGGGAAGGGGAUGGCAGGGGAGGGGAG